AUGUUUCAAUAUGCAACAAAUGUCGGAAAUUUGUUAAAUGAAGAUCAAGAAGUCGAGAGCCCGUACGUAGAGAAUAUGAUCAUUGAUGAAGUAAAAGCGAUAGAAAUUGAAGAAGGGCAGAAAUACAAAGACAAGCGCACACUAAAGACUAUAUUAAGCAUUUAUGCAAUCAAUAAUCAUUUCCAAUUCAGAUCUUACAAGUCGUGCAAGAUUGAAUAUAUAGCAAUCUGCAAUGAACCAGAGUGUGAAUGGAAACUGAGAGCUUCGAGAAAUAAAAGAUCAAAUGUCUUUAUCGUGCGAAAAUUCAACAAGGUGCACAGCUGCAAAGUGGGAGAGAGAAUGGCUGAUAAAAGACAAGCCACGUCAGAUUUAAUUGGAAAUUUUGUAAAAGAUAAGUAUGCAAACUUCAAAACUGUUUAUACGCCGGCCGAUAUUAUUAGAGACAUGAAGAAAGAGUAUGGAGUCGAACUGACAUACCAAAAAGCAUGGCGGUCAAAAGAAAAGGGAUUAGAGCUUACAAGGGGUAAUCCAGCUGAAUCAUACCGAUUACUGCCUUCUUAUCUACAUGCGCUCAAAUCAACAAAUCCAGGUUCUGUAGCUGAAUUGGAAACAAAAGAAGAGAGAUUCCUUUAUAUUUUCAUAUCGUUGAAUGCAUCGAUUCAGGGUUGGGGGUUUUGCAAACCAGUAAUUGUUGUUGACGAUUCAGAAAAUGAUGCUUCGUGGGAAUGGUUUUUCAACAAAGUUAGAGAAACAUUUGGUGUGAGGGAGGGAAUGUGCAUCAUUUCAUAUCGACACGACAGUAUUAAAAAAGCAAUUGAAAAAGUAUACCCGAAAGCACAUCAUGGAAUCUGUACUUACCAUCUUUUUAACAAUGUCAAAGCAAGAUAUAGACGAGCAAAAGGUGAAAUCAGAGAGCACUUUUUUGGGGCAGCAAAAGCAUAUACGCUUGAGCAGUUUGGAAAACACAAGGAAGAACUUGACAAUUUUGACCCAAAGAUAAGGGAGUACCUAAAUGACGUUGGUUUAGAAAAAUGGACAACACUUUAUUCCACAAACAACAGGUAUUCAACAAUGACUUCAAACAUUGCUGAGUCAUUAAAUGCAACAAACAUAGCUGCAAGAGAACUUCCUAUAACGACCAUGCUUGAGUUUCUACGUUCCCUUGUGCAAAAACGGACUCAUGCAAACAGAAUUUGUGCAAGAUCAUUAAAGACAUAUAUGUCAAAAGUAGCUGAAGAUAUAUUGAAUGAAAACUACAUUCGAUCUCUGCAUCUAACGGUCAGCCCAGCAAAUGACAAUAUAUAUACUGUGACUAAAACAAAAACACCCUUCUCGGUUAAUUUGGAAACAGGAACAUGUUGCUGCAGAAGGUUUCAAACAGAUAGAAUUCCUUGCGCACAUGCAGUUGCUGUUAUAAGGAAAUACAACAAGGAUCCUUUGCUCUAUUGUUCCAAAUACUACAUGAAGGAAACAUACGUCAACACAUACAACCACACAGUAUAUCCUAUGACAAAUAAAUCAACAUGGAAUACGCCGCAAGAAGUAAAAGAUAUAAUCGUGCUGCCUCCUGAAUCAAGAACCAAAUCCGGCAGACCAAAAAAGAAGCGCAUAUUGGGAGGACAUGAAAAAAAGUCAAAAAAUAAAUGCGGAGCUUGCAAGAAGACGGGACACAAUAAAAAAAACAUGCAGAAGAUGAUUAUGAUUCAGGAGAGAUUUAUUUGUAUUAAAUAA